AUGGGAGGUUUUACCUCGAAACACAGCCAUCUCACGGCGGUUCAUGAUGCUACAUGUGGUCCCGUAAAAGGUGUUGGUUAUGAUCAGGAAGACGGUUCCGUUGUCGAGGGAUUUCUUGGUGUACCAUAUGCUGAGCCACCGAUUGGAGCGCUUAGAUUUAAAAAACCAAUUGCUCAUAGAAGAUGGGAAGAACCAUUGGAGUGUACUAAAUUUGGACCGAGGGCUCCGCAAAAUGACGAGCUGUUGGGGCAGUUCGUGAACACCGUUGGAAAGAGUGAGGAGCACUGCUUGAGCCUCAACGUCUUCACACCGAAAUGGGAAUCGGAUGAGUGGCCCAACGGUUUCCCAGUGAUGGUAUUCAUCCAUGGUGGCGGUUUCCAAGUUCACUCAUCCAGCAACUACGGCUGCGCCACAAUUGCCAGAAACCUAUGCACCAAAAAUGUAGUCGCCGUGACCAUCAACUAUCGUCUAGGCGUCCUUGGAUUCUUCACAACUGGAGAUUCAAUUUGCCCCGGCAACAUGGGAUUAUGGGAUCAGACGGCAGCGUUACAAUGGGUCCAAGACCAUAUUGCUAGUUUUCGAGGCGACCCGGAUAAUGUCACUAUUUUUGGACAAAGUGCCGGUGGAGCGUCGGUGGACCUUCUGUGUUUGAGUCCCCAUUCGAAUCGAUUGUUCAAUAGAGCGAUUCCGAUGGCUGGCAAUGCUGAGUGUGAUUUUGCGAUAAGGACCAGUAAACAGCAAGCGACUUGUGUAAAGAGUUCGCAAGAUUUUUGGGAUGGCAGGGAAGUGGUGAACGACGAUUCAGAGGGUCUUCUGGAUUUCAUCGACAAUCAACCUCUAUACAAACUUGAAAUGGGAAUCAAUCCGCGACGUGGAUUCCGUCACUCUCAAGCCGGAAGUCUGUAUUUUGUCCCAAAUUUCGAUGGGGACUUUUUCCCAAAACCCCUAUCACAAUUGAGAGAAGAGGUGCCGAAAAUGCAGUUGAUGACAGGGACCACCAAAUAUGAGGGGCUCUUUUUUAUCGCCCUGGGAGCCCUAUCUAGAAAUCCUGAAGGCAUCAAAAAGUUCAUGAGUCGAAUUUUCAAAAAAUGUGAUUAUGGCGAGAACUCUGAGGAAGCGCUGGAACUGGCCUACAAUUUCUAUUUCAAAGGUGUCCAUCCGAAGGAUCAGGAGAAGAAUAUUCAGCAAAUUGUCAAGUUCAUUGGUGACUAUUCAAUCAACUACGGUACCUAUCUCUUUGCAAACAAAAUGUCCGAAUUGGAUCAUGAUGUUUAUUUCUAUCAAUUCGAGUAUCAUAACCCAGGAGGAUUUGGCAUUUUCAGAUGGUUACUUCCGUUUUUAGGUGAGUUUUUAUUUUCGAAAUUCUGUAUACUUGGACUCGGCAGCGAGUACGAAACGGGGAGGAAAAAGCCGCGUGUUGUAUACGCCAUCGCUACGCUCUCUCUGAAUGGUGCCCCGAUACCUUCUGUCAGAGGAUCCACCCAUUGUACAGAAAUGCGAUAUGUGCUUGGAAAGGGAAUCAUCUCGAAGUUCAAGCCAAAUGAGAGUGAUAAGAAAAUGAUUGAAGUGAUGACGACGUAUUUUACGAAUUUCGCGAAAUAUGGAAGUCCAAAUGGUCAAAUCGACUCAGACUCUGGUCAAUGGGAGAAACACGACUCGUUUACACCAUUUCGUCAUUUCAAAAUUGAUCUAGAAGAUUCAGAAAUGGCUGAGGACUAUCAGGAUCGCCGGGCGGAGCUUUGGGACAAGCUCAGAGCUCUAAAUGUCACUAGAGCGCAGUUGUAG